AUUUCAUUCGUUGUUGGUAGAAUUGGGUAGUGUGUUCGUGUAAAGUCUCUGUUCUUCCGUUCUUGUACCCGUUUUUAUUAUUAUUAAUUUAUUUUUCACUUUUUUUCUGACAAAUUUCAAAUGUACCUGAAAUGCUAAUCUCUAAUCUUUUUAUAUAAAAAUGUAUAUAACUCAGUUGAUUUUUAUUGUUUUACUAUCCCCUGUCCUUGCUGAAGUCUGUAAUGAUGAAAUCUCAAGAAGGGAUAUUGAAAGUCGUUUAUCAACAAAAACACCAUAUCGGGCCAUUGCAAACCUCAACGAUAAACCACCAGUUGUUGUGGAAGGAUGCCGCCCAUCACGUUUAUGGUCUACCAUACGACAUGGUACCAGAAAUCCCAGCAAAAAAGUCAUUAAACAGGCCAAAUCCAAAUUGACAGCCCUUAAAGAGGAACUCUUGACAAAAGAAGACACUGAACUGUGCCCCAAAUUUUUCGAAAAUUUAAGAACUUGGUCAUUUAAUAUUUCGGCAGAUGAAGAGAAGUAUUUAGUAGCUGAGGGUGAGGAUGAAUUAAUUGAGUUGGCAGAACGCAUGCAAAACCGUUUCCCCACCUUGUUGGCCGAAGAAUAUGAUCCGCAAAUGUUCUAUUUCAAAUAUACUGCGACCCAGAGGACAUUGAAAAGUGCUCAAAGCUUUGCCACUGGAUUGUUUGGCAGACAUCGAAUACGGGAAAUUAUUUAUCCGGAACCGUUGUCAAAGGAUCCGGUACUAAGGUUUUAUAAAUUGUGUAGUCGCUGGCAAAGUGAUGUCGAUAAAAAUCCUCAAACAUUUGAUAAUGUGCGUAAAUUUCUCCAAGGCGAACAUAUGCUGGAUGCCAUCCUCUAUGUCCAAAAGAAAACCAAGUUAACACAACUCGAUGCUAGCCUUCUACGUCUUAUUUAUACCAUUUGCGGUUUCGAAACGGCCUGGCAAAGACACAAGCCACCCUCAGUUUGGUGUCAAUUGUUGGAUCGAAAAACAAUGGAUGUUUUAGAGUUUGCCGAAGAUUUGGAGUACUAUUGGAAUGAUGGCUAUGGCUUUGAUCUAACACAUCGAAUUGCUUGUCCAGCCAUACAGAAUAUGUUUAAGCACAUUGAGUGAGUACUUGAGAUUAAUGCACGCCUUCAGUUGGUUACUAAUAGCAAUUGAGUUUCUAGCCCCCAAUCACCAUUGCCGAAUUCAACGUUUUAUUUUACGCAUUCCGGAACAUUGCUUAAGCUUUUGGCGCAUUUGGGUCUAUACAAAGAUCCAACAGCAUUGACAUACCAGGACUUUGGCAAGCCACGUAAAUGGCGUACAAGUGAAAUUGAUGCGUUUGCCACAAAUGUGGCAUUUGUCUUGUAUGAAUGUGAUAAUGACGAGCCGCAGGUUCUGACAAUGCACCAAGAGCGUAUAGUCCACCUUCCGGGAUGUCCGCAAGACAGUGAUUUGUGUAGUUUAAAUACCUUGCGCCAGUUAUAUGCCGCCGCCAGUUUGGAUAAUUGCAAUUUUGAUGAGAUGUGUUUUAAGUAGUAGUAGUUUCGCACCACCGGCUUUCGAGUUGAUAUUUGUUUCCUUGAAGAUGACGCACCACCCCUAUAUUGUCAAAUGUUUUAUUGGAGAUGCUAAGUAAUUCACUUGUGUAAAUAUUAGUGAAAAUUUGGUAUACCUACCAGCAUCUACAGGCUACAGCAUUAAACUAAUUGCAUUGUUCAGCGACUAUCAAUUAAUUAAUGUUUUUUUCUGCUGCACCUAACAUUUCUACAAACACAGAGAUAGAGAGAGAAGCAGCAGCAGUCAAUCGAUUACCUUUAUAAUGACCACAUAUUUUUUUUUGUUGUUAACCAUAUAUACUUACAUAUAGAGAGUGUUGUAAUGUGUAAAUAUAUAUAUUGUUCUCUACCCCCCCUACCCCUUCCAACAAUAAUACACUCGUCUAAGAUAUACAUAUUUUGCUUCCUGUGUUUUAUAACGAAAUACGUCGCCUUUAAACGUAUAUUAUGGAAAAAUAACACAAAAAGUGCUUUCACUUUGUUUUAUACUUACAUACUAAGCACCUACAAACAUCCCUACAUACAUAUUGAGACAAAGAUAUGAAUUCUUAACUUUAAACAAAAACAAAGCUA